AUGAGUACCGCCCGACAUUGGCACACAGCAUCCAUAUUAGCAAAUGGAUCAGUAUUAGUUACUGGUGGAGAAACCUCCAGUGGUAUUGUCAAUAGUGUUGAAUCGUACAAUCCAUUAACAGGUAUUUGGGCAACCACAGGAAGCAUGAAUGUUGGACGAUAUCUUCAUACAGCAUCCACAUUAGCAAAUGGAUUAGUAUUAGUUACUGGUGGAUACAACAGUACUAGUUAUUUCAAUAGUGCUGAAUUGUACAAUCCAUCAACAGGCGCUUGGACAAUGACAGGAAGCAUGAGUGUUGCACGAUAUUAUCACACAGCAUCCACAUUAACAAAUGGAUUAGUAUUAAUUACUGGUGGACAGAACAGCGCUAGUGUCCUCAGUGAUGCGGAGUUAUACCAUUCAUCAACAGGCACUUGGUCAACCGCAGGAAACCUGAGUGUUGCACGAUAUCUUCACGCAGCAGCCAUAUUAGCGAAUGGAUCGGUAUUAGUUACUGGUGGAAAGAAAGACGGUGCUUAUCUCGAUAGUACUGAGUUUUGCAAUCCAUCAACAGGUAUUUGGACAAUCACAGGAAGCAUGAAUGUUGGACGAUAUCUUCAUACAGCAUCCACAUUAGUAAAUGGAUUAGUAUUAGUUGCUGGUGGACAGGGCAACGGUACUAGUUAUCUCAAUGGUGCUGAAUUGUACAAUCCAUCAACAGGCGCUUGGACAAUGACAGGAAAUAUGAGUAUCGGACGAUAUUGUCACACAGCAUCCACAUUACCAAAUGGACAAGUAUUAGUUACUGGUGGAUACAACAACGGUUAUCUGAAUAGUGCUGAGUUAUACAAUCCAGAAACAGGCACUUGGACACUUACAGGAAGCAUGGAUGUCGCACGAAGAUAUCACACAACAUCCACAUUAGCAAAUGGAGAAAUAUUAGUUACCGGUGGAAGCAACAGCGGUGGUUAUCUCAAUAGUGCUGAGCUUUAUUAA